GUUGCGCACGCAGGUAUUCGACCAAUGAAUUUUCUGAGCUCAAAAUUCAAGUUUUCUUCAUUUAAACUUUUGCUUCUUUAGUGCGCAUACUCUUAAAACAAUUUCGAAAAUAAGAAUCUAUGAAAUCUUAUCAAGAUUUGAUUUUUUACUCAUAAAAUUAACAAACAAAAUAAGCUUAUUAUUAUUAUUUCUUCUACUAUUAUUAUAAAUGAAUUUUAAAUUAAAAUUUUAAAAUACUAAAAGUAUGAUAAUGAUUUAACUAUCAUGAAAAGCAUUUCAUGUUUUGAAGAAUAAUUGUCUUCGGAACAAUUCUCUCAAUGCUAUAUUUUGUGAGUUUUUUAGCAAGAAUGAAGACGCAACGAAUACCGUUAAUAAUUAUCAAUAUUCUGUUGAUUUUUGUAUCUGGCUGUGCUACAUUCCCUUCAGGAGCUACAGUAGAAGCAUGUGAUUCCCUUUUGCCACGACAUUUACACACAAAACCCAGAGAACUUUCUGAAUCACCUUACGUAUUUACCGCAUCAGCGAGCAGUUAUUAUCCCGAUUCAAAAAGAAGAAAAAUUAAAGUCAAAAUUAGAGGAGCUCCUUUCAAAGGAUUCUUUGUUGUUGCGCUGGACGCAAACACGCACGAAAGAAUUGGCACGUUCUUAGAUGCUAACGGCAUGCAGCCUGUCCCAUGCUCUGCAGUUACCCACACAGAUGGUAGACCCAAAGUGAUGGCAACAAUGCUGUGGCAGCCACCAAAGGAUAAAAAGAGUGGAGAGGUUAUUUUUUUGGCAACAAUUCUGGAAUCUUUCUCAAUCUAUUACAGUGGCAUAAUGGCUUCAGUACCAGUGAAGAAAAUGAAGAAAAGAAACCGAAGAGAAACUCAUUUCUGCAACAAAUGCUUGUUCGAUGACAGAGAUAUUUCCCUUAGAAACUUCACGACACACAAUUCAAUUUUUAAUUGAUACUAUAAAAAAUGAUUUGUUACGUUAAAGAUACUGGAGUGCCACAUUUUUACAUUUUGAGUUUUUUUGAAGAAUUUAUUUGUAUUUCGGUAUUAAGUAAUAUUCUAAAUGCAAUAAAACAUAUUAGAUUUGAAAUAGGUCUAUUUAAUGAAUUA